AUGGCGUCGUCUUCUUUUGUUGACGAAUACGUGUGUGCAGAAAUCCCAAAUAAGGAAACGCAGCCAACGCUGUAUGACCUUGUAAAAAAACAUAUGGUUCAUGGCCCUUGUGGUUCUCUUAAUCAAACAUGUCCUUGCAUGGUCCAAAAGAAAUGCCAAACUUCACCCUCUUGCAAAAGUAAGUACCCUCGUUCAUUCUGUCCUGAGACUAGGUUUGAUGAUGACUCAUACCCUAUUUAUAAGAGGCGAAAUACCUCUUUUUUUGUUCAGAUUAAAGGGUUUAAGCUUGACAAUCGAUGGAUCGUUCCGUAUAAUCCUCAAUUAUUGUUGAAAUUUGAUUGCCACAUAAAUGUUGAGGUUUGUGCAACCAUUAAGUCUGUCAAGUAUAUAUACAAAUAUAUUUAUAAAGGCCAUGAUAGAGUUCGCAUGUCUUUAGCUGAUAACAUGAGCGAUUAUGUGAUUGACGAGAUUAAAGAAUACCAGAAUGCACGAUGGAUUUCUCCCCCUGAAGCUGCAUGGCGAAUAUAUGGUUUUGCAAUAGCCGAGCUAAAACCCGCUGUUAUUCAAUUGCAAGUGCAUUUGGAAAAUUCCCAAUAUAUAAAUUUUUAUGGACAUGAAAGAAUAAUUCAUAUUGUUAGUAGGGAAGAAGCAUGUCGUACCAUGUUGACAGAAUUCUUUUCUAUGAAUCUAGCAAAUGAAUAUGCGAAAAUGUUGCUUUAUGUUGAAUUCCCUUGCCAUUUUGUUUGGUGCAAAUCAACAAAGUCUUGGAAGCCAAGGAAACAACUGAAGGUCAUCGGUAGGCUUGUAACUGUUAACCCAACUGAAGGAGAACGAUACUAUUUGCGAAUGUUGUUGAUGAACGUAAGGGCACCCACAUCGUUUGAAUCCUUAAAAACUGUUAAUGGUUACUUUGCUGAAACUUUCCGUGAGGCAGCUGAAAAACUCGGACUUCUAUCUGGAGAUUCAAUCAUUGAACAAUCACUAGAUGAAGCGUUGCUAUUCCAAAUGCCAUCGAGUUUGAGGAAGUUAUUUGCAAUGCUUCUGAUCUUUUGUGAUCUUUCAAAUCCUCGUUCACUUUGGAUAAAAUACAAAUCUUACAUGUGCCAAGACUUCUUAAGGAAUGGAUUGCACACGAUUGAUGAAAGUGAAUCAUUAGUCCUCAAGUUGAUUGCAAACAACUUGCACAAAAUGGGCAAAAACUUAUAUGAUUACAACUUGGUUGAUACGUUUACUGAACUUGAUAUAGCAACAACAAUGACUCAUGAAAUAAUGUAUGAGCGAAGUUUGGAAGUUAGCGAGUCUGACUUGGCAGGCGUGCAGAAGUUGAAUGCUUGCCAACGUGCAGCAUUUGACACUAUCAUUGAAAAUGUCUUUGCGAACAAAGGCGGCAUAUAUUUUGUUGAUGGACCAGCAGGGACAGGCAAAACUUUUCUAUAUCGAUGCUUACUGGCGACUGUUAGAUCUAGGACUUUUCUAUAUCGAUGCUUACUGGCGACUGUUAGAUCUAGGGGUUUUCUAUAUCGAUGCUUACUGGCGACUGUUAGAUCUAGGGGUUUUCUUGCUCUUGCAACUGCAACGACUGUUAGAUCUAGGGGUUUUCUUGCUCUUGCAACUGCAACUUCUGGAAUCGCUAGGGGUUUUCUUGCUCUUGCAACUGCAACUUCUGGAAUCGCCGCAUCAAUACUUCCGGGCGGUCGCACUGCACACUCUCGUUUCAAAUUGCCACUUGAUGGGGAUGAUAAACACAUUUGCAAUAUAGGCAAACAAACUGCUGAGGCCCGAUUACUCAAAGAAUGCAAAUUAAUUCUUUGGGAUGAGGCUUCGAUGGCAAAUCGAAAGAUUAUUGAGAGUCUUGAUACAAGCUUAAAGGAUAUUAUGGAGUGUAAUGAUUUAUUUGGUGGAAAAGUCAUUGUAUUUGGAGGUGAUUUUAGGCACACACUGCCAAUUGUAAGGCAUGGAAAAAAAGAAGAUUUUAUUGAAGCAUGUUUAGUUAAGUCAAGUUUGAUAUGGCCACACAUUCGACGAUUGACUUUAACGCAAAACAUGCGUGCACAGGAAGAUCAUACCUUUGCUGAUUAUUUAAUGAGGAUUGGUAAUGGUUCAGAAAAAAUGGAUUUGCAAAACAAGAUCAAAGUUCCAUCUCAUUUUCUAAUUAAAAAUAAUGGUUGUAGACCACCAUUAGACGUUCUGUUUGAAUCUGUCUACCCAGAUUUGGGCUUAUUUUCCAAUGAUCCAUACUCAUUGAUGGAAAGAGCAAUAUUGACAACAAAGAAUGAAUUUGUUGACGAAAUUAAUUUUCUCUUGUUAGACAAGUUCCCUGGUGCAAAUAAGACUUACAUAAGUUAUGAUGAACCAAGCGAUUCAAAAUAUUUACAUUGCCAAGAUUAUUUACACACAUUGUCUCCUGCUGGAUUGCCUCCACAUAUGUUGUGCUUAAAAAAAAGAUGUCCUGUAAUAUUACUAAGGAAUCUCAAUCCAUGUGAAGGUUUGUGCAAUGGUACAAGGCUUAUAUGUGAUGCGUUUGGAGAUCAUAUCAUAAGUUGUGUUAUUGCAGUCGGAGAAUACAAAGGUAAACAUGUAUUGAUACCUAGGAUACCACUUCAGACAUCGAAGGAUGAUAAAUGUGUCAUUCCAUUCAAAAGAACUCAAUUCCCGAUAAAAGUUUGCUUUGCAAUGACAAUUAAUAAAUCACAAGGUCAAACCCUAGAUUUUGUGGGAAUAUACUUGAAGGAGCCAGUUUUUAGCCAUGGGCAAUUAUACGUGGCAAUGUCGCGUGCAAAGACUGCAAGUUCAUUGAAAAUACUUAUAUGUACAGAUGAUAGUGAAUCCAUUGUAGCAAGUUUUACACAAAACAUUGUUUACCGAGAAAUUAUCAAGUAUAUUUCAUGA